GAAAAAGGUUGCAAAACAGAGACGUUCUUGUUGACAGCAUCGAUUCAUGCGUCGAUUAUCUGUAUAAAAGAUAGUGAACACACAUAUCUCCCAUCAAAUUUCACUUAGUGUAUCUUCAGGUAGUUUCAGAUAUCACAAACAUGCUGAUAUGACGGGACGUUUUCACUAAUCUUCAUACAGUACCUACAGUUGAGGAAUUUAGUACCCCACCAUGAGCUUUUUGAGACAGCUAAAGCUUUUAUUAUGGAAGAACUUCACCCUCAGGAGGAGACAGCCAGGCAGAAUUGUCAUAGAGAUUGCUUGGCCCCUAACAUUAUUUAUUAUCCUGGCUUGGGUGAAGUCAAGAGGCCUUCAAGAAAUGAGACAUGAAUGUCACUUUGAUGGCAAAGCUAUGCCUUCAGCGGGGCUGGCCCCUUUUUUGCAGGGAAUUAUAUGCACAACCAACAAUACGUGUCAUAAGAAGGAAACAGAUGGAGAAUUUGCUGGACAAAUUCAAGACUUCAAUACUUCAUUAUUUUUCAAAUUGUUUCGUGAUUCUGAAGUGCUCUUCAAUAAUCAGUCAAUGGAGGAUGAACUGUUACGGUUGAUAGAUGAUAUUAAAGUUCUACAAAUAUUAGGGGAAGUAACCAUUAAUGGGACCCUACAAGGUGGGUUUACUGUCGGCAGUAUUCUUGUGGACCCCAAUGUGUUGAGAGAUCAAGUGAUAAGCCAAAACAUAAGCCUUACUCCAACUAUUGUAAAUGAUAUACUCAAUGCUUCACUGAAUCCUAUUGGGCUGUUGAACAUUGCCACCAAUAUGUCCAACCCUCUAGGGUCUUUAAACAGGGAGCUAGUUUGUAACACAUCGUGGCUGGAGAAUAUCCUGGUAUUCUCCGACCCCACUACUCUGAACAAUGUGUCACAGGCUCUAUGCAACCUCACAAUGGAUGAGAUGAACCAACUGCAGGCUGAUUUUGUGCAGGAUUUUGAUAUCGUCAAAACUCUUACAGAGGUGAGGAACCUGACAUGUAACAAUGCUGGGGAGUGUGUUAACUUUGAUGAGGAAACAUUUGAACUGUUCAGGAGAUUCUCUCAGGAUGUAUCCAACCAGGAUAGUUUCAAUGCGCUGUUUGUUGAGGGGGCUCGCCUGUUGGCAGACAUUCAGAUGUUACAGAACAGUAGUAAUGCUGAUGAGGAAUUAAGCAUGCUGGUCUGUGGGCGCAGGGAGGGUGCUCUGUUCCCAGCCUCCAGCCUGUUUGGGGCUUUAACGAAUGGGACUUCUGGAGCUAUGCCGGAUUUCAGCUCUUACCAACAGGGAGCAUUUGAGAGACGUAGGAAGAAACGUGAUACUGAUGACAGUGACACCUAUCAGAGAGACAACACAACCACUGACUAUUGCAAUGACCUCGAGGCCAGUCUGAAAGAUAAUGCUGCCACCAGGGUGCUCUGGAACCAGGUUAAACCUCUCAUCAGGGGUAAGGUGCCCUUCACACCAAACACUCCUGCCGUUCAGAAAAUUGUCAAAAUGGCGAAUGGUACAUUCGAAGAUAUUGGUAGAAUUCGCACUCUAGCAGAGGCCUGGUUGGAAAAUGAACCAGCUAUCUAUAACUUCCUUGACACCAACCCUGCUGUCAGAGGUGCCUAUAUAAUUAUGAACACCAGGUGCCAAGCAGGGGAAACAUGGGCUUGUGUAUGGGCCAGGUUUCUCUACAAUGGACCUAAGGCCCCUGGCAGCUAUGACUGGAGGGACAGUAUUAAGUCUGUCACUGAUAUACUCAAUAUGACCAAAUCUCUUGUUGAGUGUUUUGAGGUUGAGAAAUUUGUUGGCUACGACAAUGAAACUGAACUGGUAAAAGCUAGCUGGAAACUUAUAUCAGAAAAUAAAUUCUGGGCAGCUAUUGAGUUUGAUGCUGACCAGUUUGGUGAUGAUGGUGAAACUAUUCCCCAACACCUUAACUACAAGAUUAGGAUGGAGACCAAGCGAGUAGACAGCACAAAGUCACUCAUGGACAGCUUUUGGAAACCUGGCUCUAGGAGAAGCCCCCUCACAGAUAUGAAAUAUGUCGCCUAUGGCUUUGUAUACCUGCAAGACAUGCUUGAUCAUGGCUAUGCACAGGAGCUGAAUAAAAUGGAAGAAAAGGUUGGGGUGUAUCUACAACAAUUCCCAUACCCUUGUUAUAUUUAUGAUACUUUUACCCGGGCAAUAUCAAGAAGUCUGCCACUAUUCAUGGUGCUGGCUUGGAUCUACUCAGUGUCGAUGAUAGUGAAGGGGAUAGUGUACGAGAAAGAGAAGAGGUUGAAGGAGGUGAUGAAGAUGAUGGGAUUAACCAAUGGGAUCCACUGGCUGGCAUGGUUUAUCACCUGCUUCAUUAUGAUGUUCAUCACUGUCAUAUUGCUUGUAGUCGUCCUAUCAGUGGGUAAAGUUCUGGCCCAUUCUGACCCAAGUGUGCUCCUCGUGUUCAUGAUCUGCUUCACCACAGCCACCAUCAUGCAGUGUUUCCUCAUCAGCGUUCUCUUCAGCAGGGCCAACUUGGCUGCUGCCUGUGGGGCUAUCAUAUACUUUGUCCUUUACUUGCCCUACACUAUCAUGUUGAGGUGGGAGGAGGACCUCACUGUCACUGCAAAGAACUUAGCUGGUUUGUCAUCAACUGUGGCAUUCAGCUGGGGAACCAACUAUUUGUCUCGCUAUGAGGAGCAGGGAGUAGGGGCCCAAUGGAGCAACAUUUGGAAGAGCCCUAUCCCCAGUGACAACUACAACCUGGUUAUGUGUAUGUUAAUGCUGUUGAUAGAUUCUGUGGUCUAUAUGGUACUUGCCUGGUACAUAGAGGCAGUAUUCCCAGGUGAAUUUGGUGUUCCAAAGCCUUUCUACUUUCCAUUCACAAAGUCCUACUGGUGUGGCCAUAGCUACAGGGCAGAGGAUAGGGAAGCAAACAAUACGUACAAUGUCGACCAUACGUUUGAGAUGAAUGAUAAUCAAAGAGGGUCUGAAGAAUUUGAAGCUGAGCCAAGAGAUAAAAAACUGGGUGUUGCCAUUAAGGGUUUGAAAAAGGUGUAUAGUAGAGGCAAGAAGCUUGCAGUGAAUCAACUCUCUAUAAACUUCUAUGAGGAUCAUAUCACAUCAUUUCUGGGCCAUAAUGGAGCUGGGAAGACAACAACCAUGUCUAUUCUGACUGGUCUGUUUCCACCAACAGAGGGCACUGCUUACAUCUACGACAAGGAUAUUCGCUUAGACAUGGAUGAGAUUCGACAAAGUCUUGGAAUGUGCCCCCAAUAUAAUGUCCUGUUUGACUGCCUGACUGUUGAGGAACAUUUGUGGUUCUAUGCCAGCCUGAAAGGUAUGGAUACAAAGACAAUACAGCCUGAGCUGGAGAAGAUGGUUGUAGAUAUAGGACUACCACAUAAAGUCAAAGAAGAAUCCAAGAAUCUUUCAGGGGGUAUGAAAAGGAAACUGUCUGUUGGUAUAGCAUUUGUUGGUGGCUCUAAGACCGUGAUUCUGGAUGAGCCAACUGCAGGGGUGGACCCAUAUGCCAGGAGACAGAUUUGGGAGCUGCUGCUCAAGUAUAGGAAAGGGCGAACAAUUUUGUUGUCAACACAUUUCAUGGAUGAAGCAGAUAUCUUGGGGGACAGGAUAGCGAUUAUAUCCCAGGGAAAGCUGAAAUGCUGUGGAUCCAGUUUGUUUCUUAAGAGUCGUUAUGGGAGUGGCUACUAUCUGACAAUGGUGAAAGGUGUGCAGCCAGCAUACAAUACUGGACCCGAGACUGAAAAGAAACCUGAUACAGAUGAAGCAAUAAGACCUGGCAGUUCUCUCAGUGCAGCAACCAUCAAAGAAAUACAUGCUGAGCUAGAUGGGGCAUCUGAGGUUGAUGAGGGAGUGGCAGAUGUUGAUAAGUCUGAUACAGCAUCCAGUAGAGACACCCCUCCUGCUAGUGAAACCAAUGAAGUGCUGACUCCAUGUGAUGAUGACAAAGUAACAGAGUUUGUAGAACGCUAUAUUCCUGAUGCUGUACUGGUAGAGAAUAUCGGCACAGAGCUCUGCUACCAGCUCUCCAGUGAUGGCGCCAGUGACGGCUCCUUUGAGAGACUUUUCAGGGGCUUAGAUAAGAACAUGGCUGACCUUGGGGUGUCCACUUAUGGUGUAUCAGAUACUACACUAGAGGAGGUGUUCUUGAAAGUGGCUGAUGAAUCUGAGAAUGGAGAGCUGACAGAUGAGACAAGACGUAGUACACUGGACAUUAUGACAGAAGGUGGCAGGUAUCCAAGACCAAUCUCCCGACUGAGCUUUCGAAGCAAAUGCCGGAGCUUCUUCGGCAAGAAUGGCAAGAUUGAUUCAAAAGGCUUGCUGAGCAGUAACCCAUACUUAGAUGAUUCAGUGUCUAUUGGAGGUCAGUCUGUUGACAGAGCCUCAACAUCAGUUGAUAUCGGCUCUGAAGUUGAAAACUGCAAUGGUACAGGUUCAUACAAGAUCUCAGGAUUCCCCUUGAUUCGUAGACAGUUUGUUGCCCUGUUCAUCAAACGUUUCCAUCAUGUUAGAAAGAGCAGGAAGGGUUUUGUUAGUGAGAUUCUCCUCCCUGCAGGGUUUGUUUGUCUAGCUUUGUUAAUUGCUAGUAUUAUUCCACCGUAUGAACAAGACCCACCCCUUGAGCUUCAUCCCUGGCAGUACAGCAACGUGAAAGGCAAACAGGACCAACAACUCUUUACAUUCUACAGCAAUGAUGCCCCAGAUAACAAGUAUGCUGCAAGGUUUGAAGAGUUAAUGCAUACUGGUCCUGGACCUGGCACAAGAUGUAUGAACUCAUCCAUCUAUGAAAUAAGUGGUUUCCCAUGUCAGAACCAGUAUGCAAAUAGCAAAUGGUCUCCUAUCCCAGAAUACAAUGCAAAUAUGACGUCUGACUGUGACUGCAGUACAGGACGCCAGGAAUGUCCAGCUGGAGCAGAGGGACCUGAACCACCAUAUAAAACUUUGCAGACAACAGACUUCCUGUAUAAUAUGACAAUGAGAAACAUUUCUGAUUGGAUAAGGAAAACAAGAUGGGAUGAUCAGUAUUUUCAGAAGAGGUAUGGUGGGUUUUCAUUUGGUGAGGUCAACCAGGAUGUCAAUGUGAAUGUGACAGGAGUGAAUAAUCUACUACAGAGGAUCUACAAGGAGUUCAAUGACAGGGACAUCCCAGGGUUACAGUUCAAUGUCUCACAGAACAUCACAGAGGACUUUGAAAAUCUACUUAAUGAUUUGUAUACGAGGAAUAAUGCAAAGGUGUGGUUCAACAACAAAGGUUGGGCAUCUAUGCCUAUCUACAUGAACGUAAUGAACAACAUGAUCCUACGUGCCAACCUCCCUGCCAGUGAAGACCCCCAUAACUAUGGUAUCACUACAUACAGCUUCCCUGUCAAUCUCACCAAGUCACAACUUGAUGAUAAAUUAUUGGACUCAUCUGUGAUAGAUGUCUUAAUUGCGAUCUGUGUAAUCUUCGCGCUGUCCUUCAUUCCUGCCAGUUUUGUCAUCUACCUCAUUGAAGAGAGGACGUCUAACUCGAAACACCUCCAGUUCGUCAGUGGAGUGAAUCCUGUUAUCUAUUGGUUAUCAAACUUUGCCUGGGAUAUGUUGAACUAUGCCAUCCCUGCCAUUCUUGUGAUAUUGAUAUUCCUGGCAUUUAACCAGAAGGCAUAUGUAUCAGCAGCAAACUUCCCUGUGCUUCUUCUCUUGCUGUUCCUCUAUGGCUGGUCCAUAGUGCCGAUGAUGUACCCUGCCUGUUAUGUAUUUGAAGUUCCCAGCUCUGCCUUUGUUGGCUUGUCCUGCAUCAACGUAUUCCUUGGCUUCACCUCCACCAUUGCCACCUUCACUCUACAGCUCUUCAAUGAUGAUGAGUUGACAAAUAUCAACAACAUUCUGAUGCAAGUGUUCCUUGUUCUCCCUCACUAUUGCUUAGGGAGAGGGCUGUUUGAUCUCACAAGGAACCAACUGCAGUCAGAUAUUCUAGCCCAAUAUGGGGAGAGUAGUUUUACAGACCCAUUUAAGUGGGACCUUGUUGGGAGGAACCUUUGUUGUAUGGCUAUACAGGGGGUGGUAUUCUUUGCCUUUAACUUACUCCUCCAGUACAGAUUCUUCUGCAGUCCAAGGUUUAUCAAACCUAGAGAGACUAAUUUAGAUGAUGAAGAUGAAGAUGUGGCUCGUGAAAGGCAAAGAGUUAUCACAGGAGGAGCCAAUGAUGACAUGUUGAGAAUUGAAGAGCUUACAAAGGUUUACCGCACGAGGAAGGGUAAACACACAGCAGUUGAUGGUGUUUGUGUAGGUAUCCCUCGGGGAGAGUGCUUUGGUCUUCUGGGGGUGAACGGAGCAGGGAAAACUACGAUGUUCAAAAUGUUGACAGGGGAUGUUCCUGUAACCAAGGGAGAUGCGUAUCUGGAUAAACACAGUAUUCUAACAGAGAUGACGUCAGUGCACCAAAGUCUUGGGUACUGUCCUCAAUUUGACGCCCUUGACCCUUUACUAACUGGCGAAGAACAUCUACAGUUUUAUGCCAGACUGAGGGGCGUACCAGAGAAAGAAGUAACGACUGUAGCAAAAUGGUGCAUACAGAAGCUAGGGCUAAGUGCUUAUGCAAAUAAAUGCUCUGAAGACUAUUCCGGAGGGAACAAACGUAAACUGUCAACAGCGAUAUCUCUAGUUGGCAACCCACCUGUUGUGUUUCUCGAUGAGCCUACAACUGGGAUGGACCCUAAAGCUAGAAGGUUUCUCUGGAACUGCAUCUCAAAUAACAUUAAACAAGGAAGAUCAGUUAUUCUCACUUCUCAUAGUAUGGAGGAAUGUGAGGCCCUAUGUGGGAGAAUAGCCAUCAUGGUCAAUGGAAAGUUCCAAUGUCUCGGCAGUGUACAACAUUUAAAAAAUAGGUUUGGUGAGGGGUAUACCAUCAUAUUAAGAGUAUCUGGCUCCAAUCCAAUUCUAACUCCUCUAAUAAAGAGAUUAGAGCAACAUUUCCCCGAUGCUCUCCUGAAGGAGAAGCACCACAACAUGCUGCAAUAUCAAUUGGGGGAGAAAGGCGACUCACUUGCAAAUAUAUUCUCAACCAUGGAGAAUCUUAGAGUAGAGUUUAACAUUGAAGACUAUAGUGUUAGUCAAACUACAUUGGACCAGGUCUUUAUAAACUUCGCCAAGAAGCAGUCUGACUUACUGGAUGAUGAACUAGCUGCCCAAGCAGCAGUAGGUGGAGAGUCAGAAUCUCAGAGUAAUCAAAACAAAUCUGACCUGACCAGUGGAGUUCACUAUGACAAUGUACAGGAAACUGAUCAUGAGCCUAGUCUCUAUGGCAGCCAGGUUGACUUGUUGCCAGGCAACUCACAUGCCAAUCCAGCCAAUCAACAAACUCUUUCCUUUGCAUAGAAUAUAAUGGUGAAUGAGUACAUGAUAUUGAAUUAGGAUAUACAACGAUGUUAAAUGAUAUAUGUGUACGAUCUUUAUUGAUGUACAACAAUUUUAUGUAAGAAUACACAAUGAGAAAUAUACUACGCUAUGUGAGGUGCGUGCAUUCAAAAACAGGACUCAGUGUGUACCACUGUAGGGAACAAUAUUGACGUGGCUGAAUAAUACUUCAUCCAUUUCACCUUCUUUCAUGCAGGAGCAGCGAAAACUUAUGUGGUGGCGUCAGCAUUCUGUCUCAACAUGAGGAUUAAUGUUCUAUAAACACA